GUCUAUUCCAACUUUGUCGAAUCCAACGACUUUGGAUGUCCAACACAUCAGCCUGGAUUUGGAUCCUGGCGUCAGUUGAAGACAAUGUACGACAACAUCUUACUAACAGUGUCAACGGACUCCGAAAAGGUAUAAUAACAUGAAUAUAUUUUGGAUGACGUCACCAUAAUGUCGGUUACUACUCCGACUGCCUUCCAUGUUACUUCCAAUGAUGUUUUCGGGACAGAGUAUGAUGAGGUCAGACCCAAAUUACAGAUAACCGUGGAGAUAUUCACACUGUCUAUCCUGUGGACGCUCUCAGUGAUGGGAAAUGUUCUCGUGUGCCUUGUUAUCUACAGAAGUCGUAGAAUCCAAUCAACGACCAACUACUUUGUCGUGUCGUUGGCCUGUGCAGAUCUAACGAUGGUUUUGAUUUGUUUUCCAUUUAUCGCAACACGGGUCAUAGCCAAUCAGUGGCUUGUAGGGGAGGCUAUGUGCAAAAUCGUACGUUUUAUCGAGUAUGUCGUUCCGUGUGCCAAUAUGUAUGUGUUCGUAUCGAUAUGUAUCGACCGAUUCUACACUAUCAUCUAUCCGCUCAGUUUCAAAGUGACCAGAGGGACCGCCAAACGCAUGAUCCUCUGUUCGUGGCUCAGCGCAAUAGCGGUGUGCAGCUUCACGUUCUACUUCUUCGACCUGUCUGUCAACACCGUCACGAACAGACACUUCUGCCCGACGUACAUAUACUCCGAGUCUUGGUCAGGGAUAACGUACACCGUGUUCGCGUUUCUCUGUCAGUUCGCCGUCCCGCUGUUGGUGGUGACGGCCGGAUACGGGCAGGUCUCGAAAUAUAUUUGGCGGACUGGGGGCUCCGGCCGACCCAUUCAAAGGACGGCGAACCCAGUCCCGAGAACGAAAGUGAAAAUGGUCAAGAUGCUCAUAGUCGUCACGGGAACCACGGUCCUGAUGUACACCCCGUUCUGGGUUUUCCAACUGUGGUACUGCAUUGCGCAACCGCUGCGCAUCGAUCCGUCUGCUUUCAUAUUUGCCUUGUGGACGAUCUGUGCUACCACUGUGUGCAAGGCCAUCAUGUAUCUGUGCUUCAACUCGAACUUCCGGAGAGGUUGUAAAGAAGUGUUUUGUAUGUCCACGAUGAAGUGCUACAGGAGUAACACGUACGCGAUUACGAAGGCGUCCACGUUGGGGCGCAACAACCACGUGGGCAUCAUGGAAAACAGCAGUGGUUUCUCCAGACACAACCUGGAGUCUCCGUCGUACGUGUUUAACAGGACACCGCACAUGGAAAAAGCUGUGUGGCCGCUUUCGUCGUCCACUCCAACCACCUAUCUGUGAAAUAAGAAUGUACACCCAUCUGUGGAAUAACUAUAAUCUGUAAAUAAGAAUGUACACCCAUCUGCGGAAUAACCAUAAGCGUACGAGGUGGGGAGGAGGGGUCGGGGGGGGGGGGGGGGGGGUCAAGUGUUGAAGCAAAUAAUUAAAUUCGGGCAAAAACGUAAGAAAUAUUCGGGAAAAAUUAGCUGACCUGAAACCGUUUCACCAUGUAUUUCCAUCAUUUUACUCACAAUAUUAGUUAUAAUCCAUGUAAAAAUGUGUAAUGAUUUGUUUGCAAUAAUAUACAGCUGUUUGGCAGUAAUGCUAAUAUGAAAGAAAAGAAAAAUCUAUAUUCGGGUAUUUUCGUUUAAUUCGGGCAAAUAUUAGCCUCUCCCCCUUCCCCCUCCACACACACACCUACAAAAAUGGGAGCUUGUACGCCUAUGGAAAUAACAAUGUACACCCAUUUUUGAAAUAACAUGUAUACCUAUCUGUGGAAUACCAUACAUACAUAUAUGUAAAAUACCAUGUACACAUAUCUGUGAAAUAAUAUACAUCUAUCUGUGAAAUAACAAUGUACAAUCGACACAGGUAGGGUUACAUGUGGCAAAAAACGAAAGGUGUUCAUUCUGUGUGAUAGAAGUCUUAAGAAACAAAUCUAAUCAUUAAUUAAGUUUGCCAUUUCAGAUUUGUACACAGAUCUUGAUU